CAGCUCAGCAUAAGGCCAAAGAUACGUAAAUAUGGCCGACAACAAGUGACGCAUUUUAUCCAAAUUACCCUCUCCAAAUCAUCCCAUCUUUAGAAAUCACCUGUAAGCGACUCCAAGACACUUUCAAAGAUAUCGCUUCUGUAUGAUACAAUCAAUGAAGUUAUGGCUUUGGUAAAACGCGACGAUAAUUUGGCCGUGGCAGUUCCAGAGUCGGCUAAAAACGUAUCGAAAAAGAAUGUGAAGGUUUUGGAUGAAGAUACCUAUGUCCAGUCUGUAGAUAAAAUAAUCCAAAGAGAUUUUUUCCCUGAGCUUUCCAAGCUGAGAGCACAACAUGAGUACCUUGACGCUGUGGAACACAAUGAUACAGAGCGGCUCCGUGAGAUAUCAUCACGGUACCAGUCCAACCAAACUCCACAUCUUGCAACUCCAGCCACUUUUGACACCCCUAGCACCAUCCAAGGAACCCCUUUACGACAAGGCGAGGUGUCAUCUAUGCACAGAGAGCAACCGAACCAGUCACAAGAGGGUGAUAAACGAACCAAAGACCCUUCAAACCUUCCACUGGACAAAUUCUUAGCCAAGCACACAAGUGAGGAUAAUGCUUCAUUUGAACAAAUCAUGGAGACGGCCAGGGAAAAACACCGAGAAAAAUAUGAGUGGCUUUAUAAGAAAGAGGAGGAGCAUUCAGAAAUCCAGCAAGCAAGUUUAGCGCUUCCCUCAGGAAAGGAGGGAGAGCAACUUAUGAUUGAACAGCGACCAGCAAUGGUCGAGACAUGGACCUACAAAAAUAAAAAUGCACUUAUGUAUGUCCCUGAGGGUACAGAACACUCAGUGAUUGAACAAAUUGAAAAGAAGGCUAAGGGAACACAAGAGGUUAUGCAUGAAAAUACUAGGUUUAGUAGAAACCCAUUUCCUGACGCUAGUUGUAGUGGGAUGCUGGCUGAUGCGUCAGCAGCAAAGCUGGCUCAGCAGCAAGGCAAGAUUGGAGUUGAUGGGCAGGUGAUUGCCCCAUCAGAGACUCCAAAAGUCAAUGGGUUUGGGUUUAUUGCCACUCCCUCGCCUGCACCAGGUGUUGAUGCCUCUCCAUUGAUGACAUGGGGUAGUAUUGAUGGCACCCCUUUCCGCCUUGAUGGGAGUGACACGCCCAAGCCUAGCACCCCGGGUCCUGGCUUCAGGAUGCCAGAGCCCAAGCCUAGGGAGAAGCUUGGGCACGCCUUGGCGGAGAGAGUUAGCAGACAGCAUCGGGACAAGAAACGGGACGCAAGGGCAAGGGCUGCAGCGAUGAUAGGGAGUAGCCAAGGUCAACCAAGCUCUGUAAAGAGACUGAACAGCAUGUCUCCUGCAGCUCAGCUGUUGGCGUCCAAAAGAUUGGGAAUAAGAAUGGGCACAGACAAGGCAUUACAAGCAAGCUAUACCCCUUCUCCUUCGCACAGGGGUGAAGCCACACCCAAGAGCACCCCAGGCCAUUCAACACCUAGGACCCCUAAGACACCUGGCAUGUCAACACCUACUAGAACGUCAUCGCUAACAGAUAACCUGCUUAUGCUACCAAAGCAGCUCUAGCUAUUUUAUUGGGGGAGCAAGAAGGGGGUGGGGGAGUGGGCUGGUGCAUAGCCAGGAUUUACAGGGGGAGGGGUUACACAGGAAAAUGUAUUUUUUAUGUUUGGAGGGUGCAGGAUAUUUUUUUAUUCAUGCCUCAAUAAAAAUUCAAUAUAAAUUAACCACAAUUUUCUUAAUUUUCCUGCUCUCAAAAUGCGACACGUGACAACAAAGGAAUAAUGAGGGCUUCCCUCUAGAUCGAGCGAUUUUGCUAAAAUAACGAAACGGCGGAUAAGGAACUAUGUAAUAAUUAUCAGGAGGAGGGGGGCUGUAAAAUGAGCUUCAAAUAAUGACAAAUUACGUAGGACCCCCCUACAACAGCAUCAAGUUUAGCUCUGACCCCUUCCCCCGGUCCUGUUCCUUUAAAAAUUACGACCCCCCCCCCCCCCUCCUACAUUCUACCUGUAGUCACUUGUUUCCUAAUGCAUUCUAUUCGUCAGGAGGAUAAACACCGCAUAGCUUAGGCUAAUAAUUAAAGCUCUGUCUAAUAAUUAAAAUAGAUUGAGUAAUAUUUACCUAAAAAGGCCCAUAGACCUGAGAUUGUUAUACGCAGCGGUUCGAGAUACCUCCCCUUCAUGCGUGACAAAUCUUAUCCUCUUGUCGUCUUGGUGUGGCCACUAGAAUAUGUAUGCUUACGGGAGUCCACUUUCUGAGUUAAGCUCAGGCGAACAUCAAGAGAAACAACGAGUUCAUUUUGCCGAUAAGUGUUUUUUUCGCUCGAGACUGUGCACUUUAAUUUUUUUUGUUGCAAUAGCCUGCGGCUCUUAAGUUCCAAGUUUUUCUCGUGUACUCCCAACCUCCCGCAUGCGUUUAUCACACCAUAAACAAUAGAAAUGUGUAAUUUAUUGCUUAAACCAAUAUCAUAUAAGUAAGAAUAACUGACUGCGGAAGUGAAAGCACAAGUGAAAGCAGAAGUGAAGGCGGGAGUGAAAGCAGAAGUGAAAGCGCAAGUGGAAGCGGAAAUUAAUGGUUCACUGGGAGGAAGAAGAAAUUGAGGAAAUAGACUCAUGAAAUAAGAGUUCAUUAAUAGUUUUGUGGCGGGAAAUUAAGAUGGAAUCCCACCUUGGGAUGGUCGGUAUCCCACCUUUGAUGUAUAGUAAGCCCACCUCUGUAUCUUAGAUCCAACCUAAUAAUAAAUGUCUCUAUAGAUAUAGACACAUUUAUUAUUAUUAUUUUUAGGGGAUUACAAAUAUUUAAUAUAAUGUGAGCAUGUCUGCUUUCAGAGUUUAGGACUGCAACAAAAUUCCAGUUUAGAGGUGAAAUACCUUUAUUACAGUUUGUUAGUUUGAAUAUGUUGCAAUAUUUAACAGUAAGUACGCA